AUCUGCUGCGGCUGCUGCGUGCGUGUGUGCUAGUAUAUCAGUGUCUCUCUACAAUUCCUCUCUCACUCUCUCUCUAUAAAUCUCUCUCUUUCUCUCUCUAAACAGUCACUUCAUCAUCAUCAUCAUUUCAUUUUCUCCAUCUUGCAUGCUCGAUCUUCCAUUCCGAUUCAUCCAAUUCCGUUUAACUCACCGGAAUCGCGUUCGUGUUUGAUCGGAAUCGGAAUCAGAAUGGUGGUUGAUCAUAGCGGAAAGGGAUCAGAAGCUGAAGAUUCAAACCCUAACGCCGUCUCAUCGGAAAACAGUCCAAAGAAAACCUGUGCCGAUUGCGGAACUUCCAAAACACCUCUAUGGCGAGGCGGUCCUGCAGGUCCAAAGUCUUUGUGUAAUGCUUGCGGGAUCAGGAGCAGGAAGAAAAAGAGAGCGAUCUUAGGGAUAAGCAAAGGAAACAACGACGACGGAACGAGAAAGGGGAAAAAGAGUAACGGAAGUGGCGGAAGCAAGGUUGGAGAUAAUUUGAGCAUGAAGCAGAGACUAUUGAAUUUGGGGAAAGAAGUGUUUAUGCAGAGAUCGCAUUGGAAGAAAUUGGGAGAAGAAGAAAAAGCUGCGGUGCUUUUGAUGUCGUUAUCUUAUGGAUCCGUUUAUGCCUAAAUCAAAACCCUAAAUCUUUGUUCUAUUUUUUUUUUAAUUUUAGAAUUUAGUAGGUUAUUGUUUUAGGUUUAGGAUCCAUUCCGAAUCCAAAUCAAAUCCAGAUCAGUAUGAGCCUAACCUUUUCAUAAAUGUAAAUUUUUAUUUUCUGCUACUGAUUAUUAUUGUUGCUGAGAAUGAGAGAGUUAUGAGUGUGUUGUAAGAAAUGAAUGAAUCUAAGUUCAAUUUUGGUUCUAUGAUAUAUUUAUCGGUUUUUGUCUUCA